AUGUCGGACGCCCUCGACAAAAUCAUUACGUCUUCUCCCACUGACCAUGUCAAGGUCGAACUACUGUUGGCUUCUCCAUUACGGCGUGCUUUACAAACAUGCCAGCUUUCUUUCGCCCCUGGAAUUGAACGGGGACUUGUCGUUGUGGCGGUACCACAUGCAGAAGAGGUUUCGACGACACCAUCGGACACGGGAUCACCGGUGGACGAGUUACGAGAGGAAUUUGGCGAGGUUGAUUUCAACUUUCUAAAGGAGAAGUGGUACCUGCGGGAAGGAGAGUUCUCGAGCGAUCCCAAAGCUGUAAACGAGAGGGCCAAGAAGCUGAGGAGAUGGAUCAAGCAGCGGCCUGAAAGGGAAAUCGCUCUUGUGUCGCACGGUUUCUUCAAUCACUUCUUGACUGGCGAGGUGACCGAUGAAGGAGAGCAGACUACGCCUUGGUAA